ACAAUUCAAUACACGUAGUCGCAUAUGUCAAUAGUGCAUGCGCACCUGGCAAAUAUCAAAUUCGGUGAAUCUCAUCGUAGCUGCAACGUUUAUUUGUGAUUAAGGUUAUGUUCUCCACAAGAUGAAGAAAGAAGAAAAAUGUCUUGAGACAGUGUUAAUUGAUUGCAAAUAAAUCGGUGUGGUGAACGGUGGUCCUGGAAGCAUUUAUAUGUAGGAACGGGUGGUAACAACGAAUAGUCUAUCAAUUAACCGAUACAGUAUUGAAUAAUCUUCAAGACUUGGUGGUACAUCGAAUGAUCUUCUCCUCUUUGUAAUUGGCAUAUUAUCUUAAUUACCGUCGGUUAUUGUACAAGAUACCAUUAGAGAUUAUAUUUUUUACCGUUAAGAUAUCGAGGAUUACGGAAGACAUUUUUAGUCAUCUAUGCAGCUUAUAUUGUUACGUGCCUACAGUUGUAAAAGUCAACUACUUUUGACAAAAAAAAGCUAAAAAAACGGCGGCAGCAAAGGAGAAGGUUCAUCAGCAAGGUCAACUGACCUAUUUGGAUCCACUGUUGAUGAAUGACAAAAGACACAAGAUGUUGAGCCAAAGAUUAAGUAAUAGAAGAUUAUUUGUUGACCUGCUUGCACUAAUGUUUGGACUUGGUGCAUGGGUUGGUGUGAAUGGCAUAUAUGUUCAAAUGCCACUUCUUGUGAACAGUGCUCCAGAAGGAUGGAGUCUUCCCGCACAUAUGGUUAUGCUAGUUCAAUUUGCCAACUUGGGACCAAUACUUUAUACAUUAUACAUAAAAUACAGCAAAUGGGCAUGUGAUAAAUAUAUUACAUAUGUACUUCUAGCAGCAGGAGCACUGUCUACAUUUAUAUUAGCUUUUGUAUAUGAUAAAACAACAAUAAUAGUUGGCAAUGAGCAUUCCACUGCUCUAUUGUCAUUGAUGUUUGUAACUGCCACUGUUGGAUGUACGAGUUCCGUUCUUUUCAUGCCAUACAUGAGAAACUAUAGAGAAAUUUAUUUGGUGUCCUAUCUUGUAGGAGAAGGACUCAGUGGAUUUGUGCCAAGUGUAGUGGCAUUAAUUCAAGGUGUUGGUGGAAAUCCAGAGUGCUUAAACAUUACCACGGCUGAAUCUACUAAAGUAGAAUUCACACUUUAUUAUCCAGAACCCAGGUUUUCAUCUCACAUCUUCUUUAUUUUCCUUGGUACCUUGCUGUCCUUAUGUUACUUCGCUUUCUUGGGACUGAAUAAUUUAUCUAUUGCUGCUGGAGAGCGUGUAAAAUACCCAGGAAGCAUGGAAACAUUACCAACAGAUACAAAAGCACCUCCUAGUUAUAAAACCAAUGCUGGUUGGAAAAUGUCUAAACAAGUUUAUUCCUAUUUAUUAAUUAUGAUGGCAGUGGUUUGUUUCUUAGGUAAUGGUACAUUACCAAGUAUUCAAUCUUAUUCUUGUUUGCCAUAUGGGAAUGUUGCAUAUCAUUUAACUGUUACAUUGUCAUCAAUGGCUGGUCCAUUGGCAAUGUGUUUAGGUUUUUUUAUUAAAAUGCCAAAAGUGAAUUACCUUAGUGGCCUUAUGGUCAUUCUUGUAGCACUUUCUGGAUUUAUUUGUUUCUUAGCUGUUAAAUCACCCAAUCCACCUUUACAGUACAGUUGGGUAGGUGAAUUCUUAGUUGUUAUGUCUUGGAUAUUAAUUAGUGGUUUAAUAGGGUUUAUAAAAUUGAGUAUUACAACGUUGUUUAGACCUGAUCCUGGCAGGGGUCUGUAUUACACUGGUGUUGCAACUCAAGUUGGAUCUCUUGUAGGGGCAGUAAUGACAUUUGUUCUAGUUAAUCAUGCAAAAUUAUUCCAUUCUUAUUCACCAUGUUCAGUGAUUUCAGUACAUUGA